AGCCACUUUUCUUGGUAUCCAGACAGCCUUUAUCUGUCGAAAAACAGGUCGCAAUAGCUCUAUACAAAUUAGCAAGUUGUGCUGAAUAUAGAGUCGUUGGUGAUGUGAUGGGUGUUCACAAGUCAACAGUUCGAAAAUGCUUAUUUAGAGUAACCAAGGCCAUCAACAACAUCAUGGUAAAAAAUUUUAUAUUUAUGCCUUCUGAAGACGAAGCUAAAUUCAUAUCACUCCAAUUUGAAAGAAAAAGCUCUAUUCCACAAUUAAUUGGAAGUAUUGACGGAACACAUAUCCCAAUUACUGCACCACAAGAGGGUUAUCGAGAUUUUGUAAAUAGGAAAGGCUGGACAUCAUAUAAUGUAAUGGCUGUUGUCGACCAUAAUGGAAGAUUUAGAAAUGUUGUAAUAAAACAUCCAGGGAGUGUGCACGAUGCUGCCGUAUUCAAGGACAGUAGCAUAUACAAGAAUGCGCAGACCAUUAUUCCUCAGACAUCUGAAAACAUUAAUGGUAUGGCUGUACCAUGUAUGAUUGUUGGUGACCCAGCUUAUCCUAUGUUACCUUGGCUCAUCAAAGGCUAUUCAGGCUCGUUGUCAGCAGAAGAAGAGUCUUUCAACGUGUAUUUGAAUUCUGCACGAGUUUCGGUGGAAAUGGCAUUCGGUCGGUUAAAAGCUAGAUGGAGAAUUUUAUGCAAAAAAAUGGAUUGUACUCAUACGUUUUCUCCACAAAUCAUUCUUGCUUGCUGCACGUUGCACAAUUUUGUAGAAAGUAACAACGAACGGUUCUUAAUAGAAUGGUUAGAAAAAGUGUCCAACAGUGAUAAGUCGUUUCCGCAACCAAUAGCUGUACAAAAUCGUGAUAGAGACUGCAUACCUGCUAUAACA